AGGUCACUGUCAGUGCUGUGUGUGUGUGUGUGUGUUGUGAUUUGGAUGUAGUGAUGUGGCUGUGUGUGUGUGUGUGUGUGUUUGUGUGCAGUGUGUACUUUGAGACAGGAAAUACAUGCAGAGUUUGCUCAGUUGUGAUUGUGGACGUUGGGCUUUGGCUCCGUCGUAUCUGAUCUCAGCUCCAGUGUGUGUUUGUUAAUGCAGUCUGAUGUAGUUUAGCGUGUGUGGCUGCUGCUCUGUGUCCCUCUGGGUGUCGCUUGCAGCUCCUGAUCAAGAAGGAGAUUCUCUACAGCAGAAGUGUGCACCUCUGGUGUGAGCAGCCUCCUUCAGCACUAAUCCAAUGGAGUCCAGAGGGCAUGGUUGGUAUGGACCUGGCCCUCAGUACCACCCCUCAGCCCAGCCGCCACGCCACAGAGACAGAGACGACUAUUAUAGACCACAGCACCCUGGACAAGGGCACUACCCUUCCCCAGACCCCAGAGAAAGAGAGAGAGAGAGACAGUGGUACUCUCCAGACCCUCGAUACAGGCAGUAUUUGACCAGUCCUCCCCCAAGACCAGAGUUUAUGCCUGGCUACAGCAGUGCCUCGCAGUCAAACCAGAGCUAUGGACCAAACCGUGCUCGUCCACUCUCUAGACAGGCAUAUGACUAUCCUCCCCAGAGCUAUUGGGACUACAGGGACCACUAUGGCUAUUAUGAUCAUGGCUAUUACAGAGGACAAUAUGGAUAUCCAGUCACCUCAGAGGCUGGUGGAUGGCCAGCGCAGGAUGGCUGGCGGUCAGAGGUGUAUCAAGGCAGGGGGGCAGAGCAGGAAUGGACAGGAGCCACAUAUCCAGACCAGCAAGGGUACGGCCACAGAAGACACAGUGUCCCGUAUGACGGUGGUGUUUCUGGGAUGGAGCGCAGGAAAAGCAUGGAGAAUGGAAAUGGAGCUGGAGAGACGUGUGAACCUGGAGCUCUGGCCAGUUCCAAAACCUCCGGCCUUUCGUCCAGCAGCUACGAACUCAGUCAGUACAUGAAUGGAGUGGAGCAGUCAGACGCUGCACCUCCACCUCUCUCAGAACCUGAGGUCGAGACUAAAGCUUUUGCCCCGCUGAAGUUUUGUGUUCCUCACGUGGCUGUGAGUUUCGGGCCUGCGGGGCAGCUGGUCAGGGUCAGUCCAGCCCUGCCCUCUCAUGGUGAACCUGCUCAGGUGGAGCUUCACAGUCUGGAGGUUAUUCUGAGUGACACACGUGAACAGCAUGAUAUGAGAGACUUUCCUGGGCCGCUGGCGAGGGAGGAUUUGCAUAAGGUAGAUGUCAUUAACUUCGCCCUGCAGAUGGCUGAUGCUUGUCUGAAGGACAGCGCGCUGUCUGAUGCUUCCACUGCUGCCCUCCUGUGGCAUCUGCUGGUAUUACUGUGCAGACAGAAUGGGAGAAUCGUGGGUUCGGACAUUGCUGAGCUGCUGGUGCGGGGCAGCCAGUCUUCACGUGGAGUGUGUGAAGGGGACAGUGAGCGGUCAGACAUUGGGAGCCUGAUUGAUCUGAGCGAAACUCCGAGUCCAGAAAUGGCAAACCUGAACAAUUCAGACCUGCUGACGGGAAACCCCCUCACUGAGGAGCAGACCUCUGAACAAAACCUUCAGAACUACACCAAACUCCUGCUGGCUGGCAGGAAAAAGGAAGCCUUGGAGUCGGCCAUGCGGAGCGGCCUGUGGGGUCAUGCUCUCUUUCUGGCCAGCAAGAUGGACGGCAGGGCCUAUACCACAGUUCUGAGCAGGUUUACAGGCAGUCUGGCGUCCAGUGAUCCGCUACAGACACUCUUCCACUUGCUCUCCGGCAGGAUCCCAACUGUUGCCACGUGUUAUAGUACAGAGAAGUGGGGAGACUGGAGGCCUCAUCUUGCUGUCAUGCUGUCCAAUGAGACUGAAGACUCUGAUAUGCACUGCAAGUCCAUCGUUUGUAUGGGUGAUUUGUUAGCCUCCAGAGGCCUGCUGCAUGCUGCUCAUAUCUGCUACCUCACAGCUCACUCCCCUUUUGGCUGGUACACAAACAAAGCCCAACGUCUGGUGCUUCUGGGCAGCAGUCAUGGCGUUUCCUUUCCGAAGUUCUGCCAGAAUUCGGUGAUCCGCUGCACUGAAGUGUUUGAAUACUGCCAGAGGCUUGGAGAACCGUCUUUCACGAUCCCCUCUUUUCAGGUGUAUAAGUUCCUGUAUGCCUGCCGGCUGCUGGACUGUGGUUUAGCCUCACAGGCCUUUCAUUACUGUGAGGUCGUAGCAAAAUCUCUGCUCAGGAUACAGGAGCCACAUAUAAUACUGCUAGGGGAAGUUAUAAAGUUAGUAGACAGGCUUAAACACUCAGAAGCUCAGUUCAGUGAGACAGGAGCUGAUCUGACCUGGCUAGACCUGCUGCGACGGCGGCUACAGGACAUACAGAUGGGGAGCUCUGGCCAUAGUGGUGCGUAUGUGUCAGCAGCAGAAGACAGUGCAUGGACUCAUGAGGAGAGCAGAGAGCAUGCAGAUUUUAACCCAGACGACUUGAGCAACAGUGAGGAGAUGAUCCAGUGUUUCCAUCCAGACACCAGUCACAGUGGUGCAGUACAGGAGCACUGUGAGCACCAUGAGUCUGCAGCUCAACAACCUCAUUCCUUCGUCCCUUCAGAAGAGCAGUCUUACCCCUCUUACACUUCAGAAGAAUGCUCUUACCCACCAGAAGCCCAACCAUAUGCUCCUGAAGAGCAGCUUCCCCAGACCUAUGCUCCAGUUCCCAUGUACUCCUGGCAGAAUACUUUGGCAGCACCUCCAAGUCAGCCUUUGGGCAUGCCUGGGCUUCCUCCAGUGCCUGCUGGCCAGGAUGGUGCUAAUCAGUCUUCAUACCAUCACACUGCUGCUGGUCUGAUUCCAAGGAGCCACAGUAAUACAGGUGUUGAAUUCUCCACUGAUACAAACAUGACCCCUGAAAAUGGAACCAGAUUUGGUGGUGAGGAUCUGGAAACAGAGGCUAAUACAAAAGAAACAACCAGCCAGAAAUCAGAAAAGAGCUCCAAGUCAGGAUGGUUUAGUGGAUGGUUCAGGUCUAAGCCCAGAGAAUCACCUCAAGAGGAAAUCACGCAAGACAAACCUGCUCACAUGGAGCCAGCACCUGCUCCUGCUUCCCCACCCUUAAUGCCGCCUAUACCAAUGGCAUCACCCAUUCUAGCAUCGCAGCCUCAAGCAGCUGGCAUCAACCCUUUCUCUAGGAGAGCUGGACAAAAGCCAGGUCUUACUUCUGGGUCCAUGACACAGGGUCCUUAGCGCAGUUCGGCAAUUAAGACCUCUGGGUGAGAGAUCAACAGCUGGACAGAAGAAUCUCAGGAUUGAACACCAGACCAAGGAGACAAUUCAUCACCCACAUCGUGCUUUUUUGUUUGUUUGUUUUUUAUUAAUUUCUUUUUUGAGAAACAAAAAUUAUGUAUUUUUGAUGUAUUAUGUGAGGUGCUGCAGGAGUUCAUCUGGGACACUGUAGGCCUGAGCAUUUAAGGACUUGGGCUUCCCCGUCUUUCGCUGAAGAAACAGAACAGCUGCGAUGUGCCAGCUGGAGCUGACUGUGGAGAUUUGCAUCGGGAACACAUGAAGUACACAUGAAACAUGAACACACGAAGUCAGGAAGUGAGAGAGGGGGUCUGGCAGAGGGGGCACGGGGCCUCAGGGAGACCUGAUAUGUCACAACAUCCUUGGUUUCGUUCCAUCAGCUGCAGUCCUGAUUAUCCGGGAUUCCAGUGAGGUUGAACCGGGGGGGGUGGGGGGUUUGUUGUGUAUGCUCCAUCUUUAAUUCUGGAAAGCUAAAAUUUUCCAAAAUUUCCAGUUUUCCCAGUAUUCUGAAUUGUCCAGCAGGAAGCGUUAUCCUAAGAAUUUGUAUUCUAUCUAAUGACCCUAUGACUGGGAGCCGCUGGGACUCAUCCGUUAAGUGUUUUUGGGCACCUUUACUUUCAAGAGCAAAUGACUGUAAAUGAGUAAAUUCCAAGUAAGUUCUAUAUACAUAUAUGGAUUUUUAAAACUUGGAGGGGACAAGAAAGUGACUCAUGCUCUGUAGGAAUUGAGGAAAUGGUCAGGGUGGUCAGCUAAUUCUCCUGAGAGAGAGUGUGGACCCGAGGAAGAUCAUUCUGCCAGUAAAAGCAUAGAGACACUAGAGAAACGGAGGGGGUGGCAGCUGUCAUUGAUGGGGCAGCCUCAAAUGAAUGCCUGGCAGACAGCGUGUCAGAAUGUCAGCUAUUCAGGUUGUCAUUAUUUUGAUAGCUUUGUAAGCAGGAUUUUAUAAACAUGCUAUUUCCCUUCUAUGCAGUUAAUCAGCUGCUUUAUUACACGCUAGAUUAUUUGAGUGUGGAAGGUUUUUGUAUUUUGUAAAUAUUGGUAUGAAUUUGUAAACUGCUCACGAUGCGAACUCAUGUAAUAGAUUAUGUAAUACGACAGUGUUGUAUAUCAGCCUUAUUUGCACAAGAACAUUUAACGUACCGCUGAUUUAGCAGCGUCCACUCGCAGCCGUCUGCCAAAGAAAUGAAUAAAGGGAAAAGACUUCACUGCAA